AUGAAGGCCCGUGUCCUAGGAAAUUUAUGGCGAAGGCUGUGCCUUUUCUUGUCGCUGUUGGCCUGUUUUUGUCGUUCUCCGAGGUUAUCCUUUGGGUUUUUCAGAACACAAACAUUGCCAUCGCAUGUGUAUCUCUUAGAAUCUGGUGGGGAAUCGGAGAAGCACCGAAAGAGGGUUAUAAUUGCAGCCACUGGUUCUGCAAUAAUGUAUGGUCAAGGUGUGCAGCUUGCAGGAAUCAGAGAAGAAGAUGCCCUUCAGAUUGCAUUUUCUCUCCAUAUUUCCCUGCCAAAGAUCCUCAAAGAUUUUCCUCUGUUCAUAAAAUCUAUGGUGGCAGCAACGUUGGCAAAAUGCUUCAGGAUUGAAGACCCAGUUUAUGGGUGUGUUGGGAUAAUCUCUAAGUUAUAUGAGCAAAUCCGCAAUACAGAAAUUGAACUUGCCCAAGUUCAAACUCAGAUUACCUGUCACAAGCUUCAACUUCCACACCCAAAAAAUGCAGAAACAAACUUCAAUGUGUUGUCAACAAUGGAAGUUGAACCAAAUUUUCGAAUACCAGCAGCACAAAGUAGCAACCCAAGAGAGUUUCAACGGCCAAUUCAGGUUCAUUGGUUUAAUUGA